AUGGACAGACUGACAGUCAGAGAGACGGGCAGACGGACAGUCAGACAGACGGACACACGGACAGUCAGCAAACGGACAGACGGACCGUCAGACAAACGGACAGUCAGACAGACGGACAGUCAGACAGACGGACAGUCAGACAGACGGACAGUCAGACAGACGGGAGAAGGACAGUCAGACAGACGGGCAAACGGACAGUCAGACAGACGGGCAGAUGGACAGACGGACCGUCAGACAAACGGACAGUCAGACAGACGGACAGUCAGACAGACGGACAGUCAGCCAGACGGGCAGUCAGACAGACGGGCAGACGGACAGUCAGACAGACGGGCAAACGGACAGUCAGACAGACGGGCAGAUGGACAGUCAGACAGACGGGCAGACGUGCAGUCAGACAGAUGGACAGUCAGACAGACGGACAGUCAGACAGACGGACAGUCAGACAGACGGACAGACGGACAGUCAGACAGACGGGCAGACGUACAGUCAGACAGACGGGCAGACGUACAGUCAGACAGACGGACAGUCAGACAGACGGACAGUCAGACAGACGGGCAGACGGACAGUCAGACAGACGGACAGUCAGACAGACGGGUAGACGGACAGUCAGACAGACGGACAGUCAGACAGACGGACAGACGGACAGUCAGACAGAAGGACAGACAGACAGACGGACAGUCAGACAGACGGACAGACGGACAGUCAGACAGACGGGCAGACGGACAGUCAGACAGACGGGCAGUGAGACAGAUGGACAGUCAGACAGACGGACAGACGGACAGUCAAACAGACGGGCAGACGGACAGUCAGACAGACGGACAGACUGACAGUCAGACAGACGGACAGUCAGACAGAUGGACAGACGGACAUUCAGACGGACGGGCAGAUGGACAGUCAGACAGACGGGCAGACGUACAGUCAGACAGACGGGCAGACGGACAGUCAGACAGACGGGCAGACGGACAGUCAGACAGACGGGCAGUGAGACAGAUGGACAGUCAGACAGACGGACAGACGGAUAGUCAAAGAGACGGGCAGACGGACAGUCAGACAGACGGACAGACUGACAGUCAGACAGACGGGCAGACGGACAGUCAGACAGAUGGACAGACAGACAUUCAGACAGACGGGCAGAUGGACAGUCAGACAGAAGGACAGACGCACAGUCAGACAGAAGGACAGUCAGACAGACGGACAGACGGACAGUCAGACAGACGGGCAGACGGACAGUCAGACAGACGGGCAGACGGACAGUCAGACAGACGGGCAGACGGACAGUCAGACAGACGGGCAGACGGACAGUCAGACAGACGGGUAGUGAGACAGAUGGACAGUCAUACCGACGGACAGACGGACAGUCAGACAGACGGACAGACGGACAGUCAGACAGACGGACAGACUGACAGUCAGACAGACGGGCAGACGGACAGUCAGACAGAUGGACAGACGGACAUUCAGACAGACGGGCAGAUGGACAGUCAGACAGAGGGAAAGACGGACAGUCAGACAGACGGACAGUCAGACAGACGGACAGACGGACAGUCAGACAGACGGACAGUCAGACAGACGGGCAGACGUACAGUCAGACAGACGGACAGUCAGACAGACGGACAGUCAGACAGACGGACAGUCAGACAGACGGACAGUCAGACAGACGGACAGUCAGACAGACGGACAGUCAGACAGACGGGUAGACGGACAGUCAGACAGACGGACAGUCAGACAGACGGACAGUCAGACAAACGGACAGACGGACAGUCAGACAGAAGGACAGUCAGACAGACGGACAGUCAGACAGACGGGCAGACGGACAGUCAGCCAGACGGGCAGACGGACAGUCAGACAGACGGGCAGACGGACAGUCAGACAGACGGGCAGUGA